CCGCGAUGCAAGAACCAGCUCAUGACUAAGGGCCCCGUAUGGGUUUGAAACUAGCCGGGCAUACUCCGACCUAUUAACACUGUCUCAUGGGGAUCAAGUGCAGGGACUUCGCCAUGGUAGCCGCAGACCAGAUGACCACCCACAGUGUGUUGUUCAUGAAAGACGAUACGGAUAAGUUGCACGAGAUAUCGGAAGGUCUGCUGUUGGGGUUGAUUGGCGACCUGGGCGACGUGGCGCAGUUCACGCAGUACGUCGCACAAAACCUGCAGCUAUACCGCAUGAGGAAUGCCUACGCGCUGGACACGCCAGCGGUGGUCCACUUCACGAGGAACAGCUUAAAGGACUGCUGGCAUAGUGGUAACCCAAAAUUUUUAGAUGGGUUGAUUGCCGGUUAUGAUGAGAGGAGAGGAGGAGAACUGUACAUGAUAGAUAUCCUGGCCAGCAGUGUCCGAGUGCCGUACGGUACUCAGGGUCUGGGCGGCAUUCUCUCCUUGAGUAUCAUGGACCGCUACUAUAAGCCAGAUUUAACUCAGCAAGAGGCGUACGAAAUACUGAAGAUGUGCAUUCGCGAGGUACAACGUAAGCUGGUCUUCAACCUGCCCAGCUUCCGCGUCAAGACUGUGUCCAGGCUCGGAGUCAGGACACUGCCUGACAUCGACACGGCCAUGUUGAAUGCCAAAUAAAUUGUACCAUUACAUGAA